UUCUUCGCAAUUGAAGGUCUUUGGGUACAGCCGCUCAAAACCCGUUCCUCUGUUUAUUCUGGAGCCUUUUGCUUGUUCAAUCGUCAGGGUGCGUGAAUGUGUAGCGCUGCAACGUGUGAAUCAGACCGCACCUCCGAUUUACGCCGAAUAACAUCAGGCGCCGAUGGCGACGCUACUCGUGCUGUGGGCGGCGGCGGCGCUCGCGCUGUCCCGCAGCGUGACGGCUCAUAGGGAGCACAAGGUGCACAACAUCGUGCUGUACCCAGACAAAUACUCGUGGUGCAACAUCACGCCCAUCAAGCAGGUGGUGGCGCACCCGGACUGCACGUCUGUGGAGAUCGACAACAACGUUUGCGUGGGCACGUGCUUCAGCUACAGCAUCCCCGUCACGCUGCCCAGCGCGCCUGGCGAGAUCAUCAAACCCUACUGCGACUCCUGCCAGCCGUCAGCCGUCGUCUGGCACAAUUUCACACUGACCUGUCAAGAGAAAACAAUGGAGAAGAUGGUUCAGAUUAUUCAAAACUGCAGCUGCAGUACCUGCAGCGCAGGGAACGACAUCUUGGAUGGCAUGCUUCAGUACCCAUCCCCUCCGGAGGGUGAAACGCCCAACAGAAAUACCGAUGGCCGAACGAGCCUCGGCUGGAUGGUAGAGAGCAAUGAAGAAAGGUCUCCUGACAGCGAAAACCAAGACUCGACGGAGAACGAGAGGGUCCUAGUCCUCAUCAAGGAAAACACGGACAACGAAGAAAACGAGGAGGAAGGUGAAAGGCAGGACAGCAUAACUGAAUCGGACGACAAAUAUGUACGCACAGAUAAUUUCGAAAAAGAAACAAUCAAAAACUUACUCCAAGAAGCCGAAAUGGCAGAGUACUAUACAGAAGAAAAACUAAAUACCCUGUGUAAAUACUAUAAGCUAAAGGAAAACUCUAAGUCUACAGACACAUUUAAACACGACAUCCUCAAUGUUCAGCACAAAAAAGCAUACACGAAGGAGGAAAACGGUGAGCAUCACCACAACGGUGGCCAGGGCACGAGGCAUCACCACCACCCACACCGUGCAGGUGCUCACCACUCUUCUCAACAACUGCACAAAAGUGACGGCCAGAUUGACCCCACUCUGGAUGUUUCCGCAGAUCAGCUGAAGCCUGCCACAGGCGGAGAGGACCUGAGCUACAUCCCAUCCAGUGAGAAAGACAGUGACAAUGCUGCGAAAGUGGAUUAGCGCUGUCCAGGAGCACACAACCAUUUAGGUAAUACUAUGAUUCCUAUGAGGACAGUUUACCUACCACACACAAAAUAGUCACCCCGUAGGUAACUAAAGCUUUAUUUAUUUCUUUUUUAGAAACAAAAUUAUACUGUGUGGGAGUUGUCAACCACUGUGCAUGAAACUCGGCAUAAUUUUCGUAUUCACUACUAUUUCAGAAGAUCAUCACUGAUAAUAAUUGGACGUUUGCAAUCUUGAUGUGCCUAAAAGAACUGCACUGAACCAACACAAACAAUAAGAAAAUAUUAUUUAUAUACAAAUACGCAGUGAUAAAUAGGCUUGAGGGAUGUAUUUGUUUUGUUACUGUUACAGAUUGUGUGGUUUCUUUAUAAGAUAUAUAUAUAUAUAUAUAUAUAUAAUUGACUUUACAAAUGUAACCAAUUUUAACUUAAAUAUUUCCUUCGGAAACUCUUCAGAUAUUAUUUCCUAUUAUUCUAAUUAUUAUUUAAUUGUAUUUGAACUGUAUAUAGCUGUUAAGUGGCUUCUGUUAGAACAAACUGUUAGAUACUCUGGUCAAGUUGAGCCACAUUAAAAAAGACUUAAGUCAAAAAAGCAUAUGACAUUUUUAUUCCUUUUUACAGAAUGUUACGAAGUCGUCUUUUCUUGUACUCUGUUGCUGAUAUUUUGUUUGUUUUUAAAUACAGAGCAAUAAUUGUAAAUGGUGAUUAUAUUUUAUAUUUAUAUGUACUUAAUGAAAUUUCUUAAUAAAAUUUUGUUUAAUGUUA